GCUUAUAGUCAGUCAUCAGUCGGCAGUUUAGUUGUGAAGGUGACCUAGAGCUAAAGCAACAAAAAAGAGUAAUAUAUAUCUAGAAUCAUUCGAAAAGAAUACAGUGAAUUGCAAGUAUACGUCUACUCGUAUAACACUUGAAUUGAAUUUUUUUUGUUAUAUAUAUAUAUAAAAGUGGUGAAAGGAAAAUACAUUAGACAGAAACAUGGCUAAUAUGUACAAUUUCCCCGGUAGUAUGUUGGAAGAUUAUCAUCCGGCGCCGAGUGUGGUGGUGGCCCCGGUUGUUCCCAGUGAAGGACACAUCAAGAGGCCAAUGAACGCUUUCAUGGUCUGGUCCAGGAUACAGCGCAGGAAGAUCGCAUUGGACAAUCCGAAGAUGCACAACUCAGAGAUUUCGAAACGUUUGGGUGCCGAGUGGAAGCUGCUCACGGAGCAACAGAAGAGACCGUUCAUCGAUGAGGCUAAAAGGUUGAGAGCAGUGCACAUGAAGGAGCAUCCCGAUUACAAGUACAGACCGAGGAGGAAACCUAAAGGUCCGGUGCCGCCUACGAUCAAACCGAACGUCGCGUUCCACAAUAUGAACAUGAACAUGAAUAUGAACAUGAACAUGGGAAUGAACCCGAUGCCACCGUACUUCCCAUCAUUCGAAGUACCGCACGGUUAUCCGUACUUCAAUCCGGCUUUCGAUAUCUCCCGCAUCGCUCCUCCGUCGGAGAAGAGCCCGACCGGCGGACAGAGUGCCGUCGUCACAUCGCUGCACUCCAACUUCUUGAACACGAUCUACCACAACCAGCAGAAGCAAUUCCCGUCUCCACCUCUGAACAUGUACCCGGCGAUAUCACCGCAGCAGAUGAUGUAUUCCGCCAGCUCCAGCCCCGGUUCAAGUCCUAGCUCAUCGGGUGAUUUAGAGAUUAGGAGACCUGUGCCCGUUAUGUAUUGAUCGCGUUCAUAAGUGUUCGUAUUACCAUGUCUCAAAUGUACAAUUUUUUUUCUCUGUGAUUCUCACGCAUUCGGUUUCGUUUGUUCGUUUUACUUUAUAUAAUUAGUUUUAUUUUAUUUUUUUUCAUUAUUAUUUUUUUUUUGGA